UUCUUAUUAUGAUGAAAUCCUCCAAAUUUUCUGGACAGCCCAAACGACCACCCUGGAAGCCAUGGGGUGGUCCGAUCCAUCUUGGAAAUAAAACGCUGAGCUACGAGAAUAACGGCGUACACAACUCGGAUUUCGAAGUCCAACCUGCAAAGAGUUCUUCAUUCCGACACCAAAGACGGGUGACCUUUGAAAAUUUUAGCCACGUCCCGCGUCCCAUUUUACUGAAACAACAAGAAGAAAAACACUACGAAGAUAACAUUAAGUCACGCAAUCUGGGAGUCUCGCACCAACUUUUGCAUCAGUUCAAGCCCAAAGGUCCAAGGAAAGUGAUUUUACCCGAAAAGAAGUUGAUUUCAGAGACGCAUUCCUCUUUUCGCAUUCCUGGAAAGGAGAAGUCGAUUCCCAUUCGUCACAGUGGUUACAAAACCAUCAUCGACAUGACUGCCUCAACCUCUUCAAGCAACAACGCCAACAAGUUGUUGUAUGAGAGGGACCCAGCCCAGCGAGGUGAAGUGAUGCACUCUCUGGAUGCAGAUGCUGUAGCAAAAAUUCAUGACAUGAAGUCGCAAAUUCUGGCUGGAAACUAUGUGUCUAUGACCGAUAUCACUGCAUUGAAAAUGAAACUUGGGCGGUAUCAGGAGGGUGUGUUUGAGAAACCAGAUCCUCUUCUGUCCAGCGGAAUUCCUCAAAACAUCCGCAAACGUCGAAGGAUUGUGGCGAGGAAGCCAAUAUUUUGUGAGAAGGGAAUUGUCCACGUCCCCACACCGCACACUACUCAGCCAGAGAUCAACACAUUCGGAACGCCAGCUGAUCUAAGAAUAUCAUUGUCCAAUUCAGACACGAAUCCAGAGUUUAAUGGGCGUAGAAGGUUUUACUUUGACUUUACUGGAUUUCUAGAUGAUGACAUUAAACUGUAUUUGGAAGGAAGUCGAAGAUUGGUUAUCCGAGGAGAACGUCCAGAAAGGUCUGAAAAACCUGCAUUAAAAGUGACUGACUUUAUUGACCUUCCAAGAGAUUUGCCCGUCGACAAUUUACGCAUCGUGCGUGAUCUUUUUGGAACCCUUAUUAUUGAAGAAGCUUGGAAGUUUUUGUAGUGCUUUGCCAAAUUGUCAGUGAUGUCAAUAAAAACAUACUCAUCUCACA